GAAUCAAAACUAUGUUUAAUAAUAGAAUAUUCUUUAUCUGGCAUUGAUGGUAAAGGUAGACUUGACUUUACCAUUAAACAAGAGGCAAAAGCACUCAAUGUUGAGAGCACGGAUUUUGUUCAAAUUCAAAGUGCUUGUGAGAAAAAAAGGCGAAUAAAAUUUUUUGGAGAACAAGCUAAUUCUUCUAUUAAGUGUGAUUUAACAAAACUAAAAUCAAUUCUUGUAAAUUAUAUAGAGAAAUGA